AUGCCAUAUUUAUUUUCAAAACGAUCAAUCUUUCUUUUUGGUACGAUUGGGACUUAUACAUUUUUUGAAAAAUUAUUUAUGAAUAAAGCAUCACUAUCAAAGGAUAGCGAAUAUUUUUCUGACUAUAAAAAGAUUUUUUUCUAUAGAUCACUGUUUGGAAGGUCAAGAUCGAGAUUUUUAGGGAAGUUAUUUAAUAUUAAUCUACCUGUUUCUUUUAGAAGAUCAAUAUAUGGAUUUUUGAUUAGCAAUUAUUUGUAUACAGAUUCUUCACUAGGUGGAUGUUCAAAAGAUGAAAAAAUAAAGAAAUUCGAAGAGAAGCAUGCAAGCUCACUUGAUUCCUACAGGUCCAUAGGCGAAUUAUUUACGAGAUCAAUUAAACCUUCAGAGAUAGUAUUUCAGGAUUUUGAAGAUCCUAACUCAAUUUCUUCUCCAUGUGAGGGGAGGAUAAUUGAGUUUGGAGAGAUAAAUUCGGAUAAAUGCGUUCAAGUUAAAAGUUCAACGUUCAGAGUUUCAGAAUUACUUCAAGAAAACUUUGCUUCUUUAGUAGAAUCGUCAAAUUUAUAUUAUGCAAUAAUUUACCUUAGUCCAAAAGAUUAUCACAGAUUUCACUCUCCAAGCAAUAUUGAAAUUAGAAAUGUAAGGCAUGUUUCAGGAGAAUGUUUUCCAGUUUUUAAAGGUAUUGCUUCAAGACUAAAUAAUUUGUUUUCUAUAAAUGAAAGAGUGGUAAUCAAAUCAGAAUGGGAACAUGGAAAAAUGUACAUUGUAGCUGUAGCUGCACAUGGAGUUUCAGAUAUUAAGUUGUUUUGUGUUCCAAAUCUUAAAACAAAUCAAAGAGGAAUGGGCCCAAAUUAUUUACAAAAAGGCAAUAGUGGUCAAUUAAUUGAGUAUUCUGACUUUAAAGACUGUAGAAAUCAAGGAAAGUACCUCAAGGGGGACGAGCUGGGUCUAUUUAAUUUAGGUAGCACGAUAAUUGUAUUGUUCCAAGCUCCUGGAAACUUUAAGUUCAAUGUGGAUAAAGGUGAGAAACUAAAGUUGGGACAAAUAAUAGGAAAGGUAUUUAAUGAUUAG